GUUUGUGCGGCGCGGUUUCGUGAUUAUCGCGCUCGUUCGCUCGCUCGCCCGAGUCCGAUUCAAGUCGAGUGUCGAGUCAGUUUGUUUUGAGACGCGAGACGAUGAGGUUCGCCGACGCUCGCACGACCACGAUUCGAUGUCAGAACAACGAACCCGACAACCAAGCCGCCUCCCGCCCGCGCUUUCUGCCCCUUCGCGACAGGAGUCAACCGGAGCGCGUCUCGUUCUCGUGGUGCAGCAAGCGGCGUAAAACGGAGUAGUACCGCGCCUUCCGACGCAGGACGAAUAACAGUCAGGUUUAAAGGAAAAACAAAAUAGAAACGAUACGGAACGAAGGUGGAGAGCGAUAAACGGGAAGAAGGGGUUACAUUCGGGGGCCGGUUAAACGCGUCGGCGAGAGAGCGAACGAAACGGAGACGAACGGAGGACGACGCCGAGGAAAUUCGACUUACGAGCGACUUCGAAAGCGAAUCGAGAGAAUCGAAGGUAGCGCGACGACAAGCGCAUAUCCUUCGUGACGACGAAGGGCACAGAGGUCGGCGCCGACGACGGUAUAUAUGCCGAAGAAAAAGCGCUCGGACAAUUGAGGGAAUGUAAUAUACGCAAAUGAGACGUCGAAUAACGAAUCUCCACGGGAUCGAUUAACGUAUUUAAGAAUAAUAAUUAAGAAGUAAGUAAUUUAAGAAGACGCAGAACGCACAUUUCGAAUAAGCGCGUCUCGCAUCUCGAGGGACGCGCCGCGGCACGGCAGCUCCGCUCCGCUCCGCGAGCGUCCUUAUUGUUGAUCACAGUUUGCUUUCCGAGCGGGUGAUCCGGGGCAAGGGAGGAGUAAACGCUCCCGCGGUCCGAGGGCCCGAAGAUAUGUGGUACUCCCCGAGCGAGAGCGUUCAGAUGGAGGACGGCGGGAAAGGACGGCGGGACGACGACGAGUUCCCGACGGAUAACGUCGAUUCCGGAUUCCUGUCGGCCGGCAACAUGCAGAUCAGCGGCGAGAUCCGCGAGUCCGGGACGUCGCAGCCGCAGCCACAGUCGCGGACGAACGAGAACCGGCAAGCCGAGCCCGCGGCAUCGGCGUCGGGGGCGACGACCUCCGCAUCGUCGUCGUCGUCGCCGUCGGCGACGAUGGCGGUAGCGGGGGAGCCCACGCGGAUCGUCGAGAGCGGCAUCGUGGACGUCGACCUCAGCGAGGGCCUGAACCAGCUCACCCUGAAGCAGCAGCAGCAGCAGCCCGGCGUGAAUUCGCUCGCCGUCGACAACGGGGACCUGGCUCGGCCCGAGCCGACGACGAUCUUCGAGCUGACACCCGUGAGAACGGGACCGCAGCACCAGGGUGACCUUCUGCUCGAACAGUACCAGCGGGAGGAUGUUAGGAAACGCGAAAUGAACGAGAACGCGUGGCAGCAGCUUUAUUAUGGACAGGACGAGGACGGUGACACGCAAUUGCACAUCGCGAUCAUACGGGGCUAUAUGGAGGCCGCACUCAUUUUGAUAAGGCUGGCGCCUCAUCCGUGCUUCUUGGACACUUAUAACGACGAUACGCAAUCGCCUUUGCAUCUGGCAGUGUUGACGAAUCAAUCGCUGAUCGUCAGACGGCUGAUUCUGGCGGGCGCGGAUCCAUCUCUGAGAAAUUUUCGUGGGAACACGGCCCUCCACCUGGCCUGCAUGAGCGGGGAUCUCGCUUGCGCCAAGGCUCUCACGGACCCGUUGUCCCCGAUGGAGAGGAACAGGCUGAUGCCCGGACAGACGGUACCCGCCUUACCUCAGGAUUUGGAGAAACGUAACUACAACGGUAGAUAUUAAAAAUAUUGCUAAAUAUUGGCCAGUUCCUCGGAACAGUCGCUAGUUCGCGAUGAAUAAUAGAGACUAAAAAAAGCGGAAGCACGUUAUUAGACAAAAUUGAGAAGGAAUUGUCAGAGCAGAACGGCGUUCGCAGCUGAAAGAUUCGAUAAGCGCGACAGAGAGCUCUUUGCCUCUAGUCUCACGUCUUAGGUAUUUUACUUUAAUGGUCUGCGACUUUUUCCUGUGGUUACAACAGCUAUUUGGAAGCUUGCAACAUAAUUGCCGUUAAUCAACGUAACGUUGCGAGGAAAGACAAUUCACCUAUACGUGACGGUAGACACAAAGGAACCCGGGAUCGCAGGAAAAUCCUAACUGCUUUUACCGCAUAAAUUAAGUCACGUGUAAGACUUAUAUAGCGAACGAUGAUGCCAUGUGAUUAUGGACACGAGGAACCAUGUGGCUUUCCUAUGACUUCAUCACUUUCAUUUGAAGAAUCAUGCUUUUUCGCGUCUACGUUUGGAAGAUUUAUCGUCUUAAACAUAUCGGAAAUAUUGCAAUUGCUUUUGCAAAGAAAAAAUUAUCUGAUUGAUAUAAUUUGAAUUUUAA